AUGUCGAGAAUCAACAAAGAUAUAUUCACGCUUUUUGAUAAGCAGGCCAAAGGGUCCAUUAGCAAAGUUCAAGUUGGAGACUACUUGAGAGCGAUUGGAUACAACCCAACAAAUGCUCUAGUGGAGGAGAUUGUGGCUAAUUCUGGGGACGAGGUUACGUUGAGUGAUUUGGAGAGUCUUGUGAAGAAUAACGAGGAGAAAUUGGAGCAAACUACACAGGGCAAAGUAGAAGAUUUUGUGAAGGCGUUCCAGGUGUUCGACAAGGACGGCACGGGCAAGGUGACCCCUGGUGACAUUAGAUACUUGUUGACUGGUCUAGGGGAGAGACUUACGGAUGAAGAAGUUGACGAAUUGAUGAAGGGUAUCGAGAUAGAUUCCGAUGGGUUGAUCGAUUACAAGAAGUUCGUGGAAGAUGUUUUGAGACAGUGA